AUGUGGUGUGUGAUUGACAGUCGAAAGCAUGUCAAGAGAAGUGAAAGUGAAGAAUCUUUCAAGGAUGAUAUGAGGGGAAAGAAGACGGUACUUGCAACUGAAGUGGAAGAGAAGAUUGCAGAUACAAUCAAGAGAAUGGAGAAAAUGGGACUAGGGCCAACACUGUUAGAGUUUCGUGAGAUUGUCAAAGAUUUCUUGCUUGCCAAUGGACUAGAGACAGUGUUUAAAGAUGGCAUGCCUGGUUAUGAAUGGGCAACUGCCUUCAUGCACAGGCACAACAUGACUCUGAAGACCGGUGGUAUGAUGCAACUGGCAAGGAAGAGUGUAACUAGUGAUCCAUUCGUCAUUUAUGGCUUCUAUGAGCUUCUGAGACAAGAAAUGGCACGACUUGAGAUCAUGGAACGCCCAGAGUGUAUCUGGAAUCUCGACGAAACUGGUUUCCCACUAGACCCAUCAAAAGCAAAAACUAUAGGCACAAAAGGAGCUAAGACAGUGAGAAUAACUAGUGGCUCAAACCGUGAAAACAUCAGUGUUUUGGCAACAUGCUGUGCAGAUGGCACAUCACUGGAUCCUUUAAUCAUAUUUAAAGGUAAGAACAUGCAGUCUUCAUGGGUUGGAACUGAUGCACUACCUGAAACUCAGUAUGCUGUAUCCGAGUCAGGGUGGAUGACCCGUGUAAUUUUUGAGGAUUUUUUCAAAAGUUUUGUAGAAAAAACUAAAGAUAUUCGUCCUAUCCUCCUGAUAUUGGAUGGCCAUCUUAGUCAUACAUCACUAGCAACAGUAGAACUAGCAAAACAAGAAAAUAUCUCCAUAAUUAAGCUACCUGCUCAUUGCACAGAUCUGUUACAACCUUUAGAUGUUGCUUGUUUUGCCCCUCUAAAAUCUUACUAUGAUUCAGCAUUGAUGAGGUAUGUGCAUCAAACAGGAGCACGAGCACCAUUGCAAAAGAGAGGUUUCGUGAAUAUGUUGUGUCAGGUCUGGAAGGAAGGACUUUCCCCGGAGAAUAUAAAGGCCGGGUUUUAUGCAACAGGAAUACAUCCACUAAACCCAGAAAAGUACAAGAGUGAUCGCCUUUGUCCUUUGAAAAUGAAAACAUACAAGGCUUGGAUUGAGAGAGGAAGCCCCAGGGAUGAUGAAAAUAAUCCUGUACUGCAUGAUGCUACAACUGAUAACACAGACAACAGAGAUUCACAAUCAUCACCGCAAAAUCCACAGAACCCUUCACAACCUUCUGAUGCCAAUACCACAAAUGUUCCCACUUCUCCAAUACCUGAACCAGGAAUAGAAAAAGAUCUCUCAGAUACAACCCUUACACUUGUUCAGGAACAAGUAUUACCUGGUUGUAGUCACUGGCAUGAAACUCCCUCUAACAACAAAGCUGAACUUCAAGAUGAGAUCAAGAAAGAUAUAGAAAAGCGAAGUGCUUUAUAUGCCAAACAGUUAAGCUGGAGGACUCUUGUCAAUGAAAUUCAAGCCAGGGCUCCUACAGGAAUGAAGUUCAACAUCCUUUUGGUAGAGAAGGAAAAGGAAACAACUUUGGAAGAAAUUCUGCACCGUAGGGGAAGAGUUGGAACGACACAACCUACAAGAAGAAAAAUUAGUAUGCACAGUCAAAUCAUAACUCAGGAGGAAUGUAGAAAGGAAACUACAGGGCAGGAGGGGACACAGAAAAAAGAGAAGUGUAACAAAGUUCCAGGAAAGAAAAGGAAGGAACCUGAACCACUUUCUGAUACCACAACUGAAGAUGAGAUGGAAGUAAUGGAAAGUGAUUCUGCUGAUGAGGUCAGUUUCACUUUAAACCAAGAUGAAAGUGAAACUGAAUGUGAGGAAGAAAUACAGGCACCAAAGGCAACCCCAGCAGACACUCCAGUAAUAACAGAUGAUUCUGUUGGAAAGAACUACGCAGUGUAUUAUACUGACCCACGUAUGAUUUACUUCUGGGGGAGAAUAGUUAAAACAUUUGCUGCUGAUGAUGAUGGCGAUUUCAGCAUGUCUGAUAGCAAUGCUUUUCGUGAAAAGGCAGAUGGUCUUGUGCAACACUACCAGAGUGAUUUGGAAGCUGAUUUCACUGAUGAGAGCAUCUUGCUGCACAACAUGUUGACCACAGAAAGACAUCAGGAAAAAUCAGUGAAUGACAUGCCGCAGUGA